CCACAACCCUCCACACCCUCCCUUUAUAUUCCUCCCCUCUCCCAACACCAUAAUCACUUUGUCGGUCCCCCCUCUCUCUCUCUCUUCGUGUCCCCUCUCCCAACCUUGAUUCACAAUCCCCCUCACUCACUCCAACAAAAAAACCAUCCUAUCACUCUCUCCUUCUCCUUCUUCUUCAACCUUCCUUGUGUUAAUUUCCAUCACAACAUGAAAGAACAACAAAAACAACAGAUAUUUCAAAGAAGCACAAGUGCAUGCACCGCCACAACAAGAAACAGCCGAAGAAUCCUCCCUUCAAACCUAACCCACUUCCGCUCCUUCGAAUCCGAUGAUGUCUCCGACAAACUCCUCGUGCGGCGAGGAUCCUCGCCUUCGGUCUCAAACUUGUACCAACAGCAGCAACAGCAACACCACGCACCAAAGCUAACGCAACAAAACAAGAUAUCAUCACUCAUACGCUCGUUCUUGAACAUCUUCACGUUCCCAACGAUGAUCCCAACAUGCAAGUGGCUCACUAUUCCUUCGCAGCUCUCCGUGACUCCUUCCCUCGGCAGGAAGGUCACCGGAACCCUCUUUGGGCACCGCCGCGGACACAUCUCUUUUGCUGUGCAGCUCCACCCCCGCGCCGAGCCCGUCCUCCUCCUGGAGCUAGCAAUGUCCACCUCCUCGCUCGUCAAGGAGAUGUCCUCUAGCCUCGUGCGCAUCGCACUCGAGUGCCAGAAAGUGUCUGUCACCGCUGCUGUUGCACACAACAACAGCGGUGGUGGCAGACGCAGGCUCUUUCAGGAGCCUGCCUGGACCAUGUAUUGCAACGGGAGGAACUGCGGCUACGCCGUGUCCCGCACGUGUGGGGACCUCGACUUGCACGUGCUGAGCACAGUGCAGAGCGUGUCGGUCGGCGCCGGAGUGAUCCCUCUCCUGGAGGAUGGAAAAGGGGGUGGCAGUGGCAACGGCGGGUCGGAGGGCGAGUUGAUGUACAUGAGGGCGAGGUUCGAGCGAGUCGUGGGGAGCCGUGACUCGGAGGCGUUUUACAUGUUGAAUCCUGAUGGUAAUGGGGGACCUGAGCUUAGUAUUUUUCUAUUGAGAAUAUAAUUAUGAUCAAUUAGUGAAGAUUGUUGACAAAAGAAAAGAAGUGUCAUAAGACAUUCACUUUGCUGUUUGAUAUAGUCUUAAGAAAAAGAAAAUAGGGGAUUCGAAUUAAGAUUGAUGUAUUUGUUUAGGAAUUACCACUUGUUUGCUGCUGCUUCUUUUUUCAAUUAUGACCAUAUAUAUAUAUAGAUAGAUGAAAGGAUAUGUGAUUUAUUUUGAGAUCAGAUAUAUAAACGUUUCUGCUGAUGGUUAA